GGAUUUUGAACAGCCACGGCAUCUGGAGAUGGAAACCGUUGGGUAAUACGUUCAUGGAUGUAGUACUUGUGCCGAGCACGUCAUCGGUAUCCAUCGGUAUACACCGAAAGCCACCGAAAACUUUGCCAUUACGGCGUGGCUGCGAGAGCACACACCAUGUCUCGACGCUCUUGGGUGACAUCUUCAAGGCUUGCUGACUGUCUGAGAAUAGUAUAAGGGUGUGCUCUCUCUUGGGUGAAGAUGACCAGCGAAACAUCUCCUCUCCGAGCAUCUCCUGUAAUGUCGGAGCUCUUCAAACACGGAGCUACGGCUCAGGCGACGCCCAAUGACAACAAAGACUCCGAUACUCCCCCCUCAGACCUUGAUGAAGGUUCUUUGUUCAAUGCCCGCCAGGCCAAGCGUCAGAUUGGCGUUACCUCAGCCAUCUUUCUCAUUUUCAACCGCAUGAUCGGAACUGGAAUCUUCGCGACACCCAGCGCUAUAUUCUCUCUCUCUGGCAGUGUGGGCCUCUCGUUAAUCAUAUGGGUCGUUGGCAUGCUGAUCGCUGCUGCGGGUAUGGCGGUGUAUCUGGAAUUUGGAACCGCUAUCCCUCGUAACGGUGGGGAGAAGAACUAUCUGGAGUACGUCUACCGCAAACCCCGGUUCCUCGUUACCGGUCUGUACACAGGCUAUGUUGUCUUGCUCGGCUGGGCUGGAUCCAACUCGGUCGUUUUCGGAGAAUACAUCCUCCAUGCUGCCAAUGUUGAAGUGAACCGCUGGAACCAACGUGGCAUUGGUCUUGCCUGUAUCACCACAGCGUUUCUCAUUCAUGGUCUGGCCUUGAAGUGGGGCUUGAGACUUCAGAACUUACUAGGCCUGAUCAAGCUGCUGAUUGUUCUCCUCAUCGUCGUCACUGGAUGGGCUGCGCUUGGAGGCGCACUCAAGAUCGACAAGCCACACAACUUUGACAAUGCCUUUAAGGGCACCACGGGUAGCGCAUACGGUGUUGUUACCGCUCUGUACAACGUCAUCUGGAGUUACAUUGGUUACAGCAACGCCAACUACGCGCUCAGCGAGACCAAAAAUCCAGUUCGCACCCUGAAGAUUGCCGCCCCAGCGGCCCUAAUCUCAGUUGCGGUCUUGUAUAUGUUUGUCAACAUUGCAUACUUCGCUGCCGUUCCAGCUGAGGAGAUAAUUGCCUCGAAGCGUCUUGUCGCUGCUUCGUUCUUCCGUAACGUCUUCGGUUCCGGGGCUGAGCGCGCACUGUCGGUCUUUGUGGCGCUCUCCGCCUUUGGCAACGUCCUUAGUGUUAUCUUCUCUCAAGGCCGUCUCAUGCAGGAACUUGGUCGUGAGGGUAUUCUUCCUUUCUCCAGGCUCUGGGCCAGCAAUCGUCCUUUCAACGCCCCACUCGCUGGUCUGUUCGAGCAUUGGUUAGUGUCAGUAAUUAUCAUGCUGUGUCCACCACCGGGCGACGCGUUCAGUUUCAUUCUCAACGUCAUUUCAUACCCACUCGCUAUCGUCAAUGUUUUUGUAGCAGGGGCACUCAUCCAUCUCUAUCUUAACCGCGACAAGUGGAACUGGCACCCGCCACUAAAUGCUACUCUACCUGUCGCCAUCUUCUUCCUGCUCAGUAACAUCUACCUCGUCAUUGCACCCUUUGUGCCACCUUCCGAUGGCAAUAACGUUUAUGAGAGCUUACCGUACUGGUCGCACUGCGUGGUUGGUUUUGGGAUCAUUGCCGCAGGUGGUGUGUACUGGCUAGUUUGGGCGAUCAUCCUGCCAAAACUUGGUGGAUACAGGUUGGAGAGAGAGGUCGUUGUUGAUGACAUUGAUGGGUGGGAACGCCACAUAUUCAAGCACGUGCCGAACUAAAUCAAGAGCUUCCCGUCUUACGGGUGUUUGCUGAAGUUGAUCUUGAUUUCGCAUGUGAAUUUAAGUUCUCGGAAAAGCCUAUCGAGAACUGUAUCAAAAAGAUCCAACGACUGUACGUUAUACAUAUGUAGACUUGAGAAAUGCACGUUCCAACGAAUAUCGAUAUAACAUCGAUACGUCACAACAUAAAUAAAUUUGUUUCUUGAAAUAGCAGAAUUGACUUAGGAUGAGCGUUUGCUACC